AUGGCUCGCUCACCAGCGUUGGCUCCACCGGCGGCGGCCAUCGUCCCGACCCCUCACCACCAACGCGAGGUGAACAACCAUCCUCCUCCUCCGCAAAUCUCAUCUCGGUUGGCAUCAUCGCCCAAGCACGCGCCAUCGUUGGCAGGUACCCCCUCCGCCACCUCGCACGCUUCCGCCUCGGCGCCGACGCCCCGCGCUCCCCUUCCCGACAAGCAGCCGAGGCCAAAGGCGGCUGGUGCGAAAACUCUGGUUGCCUCGACUUCCCUGCCUCGCCUCUCCGCGCCGCCGGUGGAGAAGAUGACGAUGGCCGCCGUCGUCGGCCCGACGGCCGCUCCUCCAGAGGGGCCGAAGAUGUCGAUGACGUCCAAGGAAUGGGUCAUCCCCCCCCGCCCGAAGCCUGGCCGCAAGCCGGCGACGGACACGCCGCCGACGAAGCGAAAGGCCCAAAACCGUGCCGCCCAACGUGCCUUUCGCGAGCGGCGGGCGGCAAGGGUCGGCGAGCUCGAGGAGCACCUCGAGCAGCAGCGUGAUCUUCGCGACAAGACGGAAGCCGAGCUCAAGGACAAGAUUCACGGGCUCGAGCUCGACCUGCAGUCCUUUCGCUCCCGCUGCAUGCUCCUGGAGAACAUGCUCGAGCGGGAGCGUCAGGACCGGCUCCUCGCCGAGACGCAGGCCGAGACGCCGAGGCGUCGUCGGGGGGACGGGGAUGUUUUGUUUCGGGCCCAGAGCGUAAGCGAGCCCCUUCGUCACGCGUACAGCCGCCCGCGGAGCCCGACGCAGGCGAUGGCGACGCACGGCACGUCGGACCAUCGGCACGCCCCUCCGAGCAGCAGCAGAAACUUUUCCAUCUCGCACAUCAUCACGCCCCCGGACGUGCUGGACAUGGGCGACGGCGAGGCGGCCCUCACCUGCGGCAACUGCUCGCCCGCGGGGCCCUGUCCCUGCGCCGACGAGGCGCUCGCCUCGGUUUCCAACGCCUGCGGCCGAUGCUCGUUCGGCUCUCCCUGCCAGUGCCUCGGUGACAUUGAGGCGGUGACGGGCGAGGCGCAGGAACCAAUCUUGAAGCGGCCGUCGUCGCCGUCGUCGAACCCAACCCCGCCCGGCGCCGCCAAGCGCCAGCGAUGCAACCCCGGCGCCGUGGCGGCCGUCGAGGUCGACUUUACCGCCAUCUUCGCCCGAAAGUCGGCGCCGGCAAGCUCCGUUCCUCCGUCGCCCUACCAGCUGCCGCCCUCGGACAGCCAGGUGCCCUCGGCCUCGACGGACGCGAUGCCUUUCAAGGACAGCUGCGGCUUCUGCAAGGACGGCACCUACUGCGUGUGCGCCGAGGAGGCGGCGGCCAUGACGACGCCCGCCAUGACGACGCCCGCCAUGACCCCCACGGCCGACGCCCUGCCGCCCAUGUCCCACCAGACGCAGACACCGCCGCCGUCGGAGCCGGACACGUUCGUCUCGACGCCGCUGUCGAUGGAGAUGACGGCCGACGGUGCCGUCAAGCUGCCGCGUCGAAGGCGGCCAAAGGCGGCUCACAAGAAGCCCACCACGGCCGACUCGCGCGGCUGCGGCGCCGACGGUCCCGGCACCUGCGCCCAGUGCCAGGCCGACCCCAAGGCCGGUCUCUUCUGCCGCCUCAUGUCGGCCAAGUUUGACCGCGAGAACGGCGGCCCCGGGGGCGGCUGCUGCGGCGGCAAGGGUCCCGGCGGAGGCUGCUGCAAGUCGGGCGGGCCCGAGAAGGAAAAGGUGACGCUCCCGAGCCUGCCCAGCCUCGGCCUGAGCUGCGCCGAGGCGUACCAGACGCUGUCGAGCCACAGGAACUUUGACCGGGCCGCCGACGAGAUCGGCACCUGGCUUCCCAAACUCAAGGCGACGACGCCCAACAGCCCGCGCGACGACGCCCACCGGGGCCGGCACGCCGUCGAGGUGGAGGCGGCGAGCAUCAUGAGCGUGCUCAAGGAGUUUGACGUCCGCUUCGGCAGAGAGUGCUAG